UCUGAGCCCGGGGAGGAAGGAGUCAGGGAGGCCGCAGGACGAGCCGAGCAGCGGAAGGACAACUGGCGUGUAUGAGAGAGACGGCGAGCCAUGGAGGCCCGCAGCACACAGCGAGACGGGGGCUAACAACUCAGACUAUUUGAGUUUAGGGCAGAGCUCGCUGCCGCCGUGUCUGCCUGAAUCUCCUCUGGACUCCGGGCUCGCCGCUCCCUGCGCCAGCGCCAGCGGCUUCCAGCAAAGCCCGUUCACCCGCGGGCUGCUGGGCUACAGCCCGUAUCGUAACUCCUACAACAUCGUGCGGUGGAGGACGGCGAAGAGGUUGAUGUUCAAGAAAGGCUUCAUCUGCCCGUAUUGCGGGAAGAGUUUUGAACGGUCGGGACACCUCGAAAGGCACAAGCUGAUUCACACGGGUGAGAAACCGUACCGCUGUGAGAUAUGUGGGAGGCGCUUCAACCAGAAGUGCAGCCUCAAGGAGCACAUGAAGACCCACAGAAACUGUAUUCAGGCCAAGACCGUUGAGAUGCAAGUGGUCGAACAGAGGCAAGUUCCCGAAGAGAGUCCUUGUAUCGAUACCCGCCACCAUGAGGAGGACAGCCAGAGUAAAGCUGAAGACGGGCUGCCUAAGAAUGAGGACAUUCUCCCGGCAGCUGUUCAGGUCAAAUCUGAGCCUGCAGAGGAGGCCAUAGCACAGCCGCUGUAUCACGGAGGAAACGAGCAGACGAGGGAAGGAUUAGACAGCCUUGGCGACAACUUCACCGGCGUUUGACAGGGACGGCCAGCAGUGGAUGUCCCGGCUGCACGGACAGAGCAACACAGAGAUGAACAGCUCAGAGUAUCUCAGCGGCUCGGCGCAGAACACGUCGUCUUUCCCUGUCAUCGCUCAGUUACUUCCGUCAUCAGUCGAACCGUCUUGUAGCACUUUCUCUUUUCCAGGGAAACAGUACGGGGAACUCCAAGAGAUAUGAUCUCUCAGCCGCCGUACGGAUCCUCGGACGCCCUUCUCAUAUCGAGGGACGACACGGUUCGCUCAGGCUUGUCUGGCGUGCCAGGGGCCUCGCUCAAUCACCACCAACAGAGGAGAAGCAGGUCUUUCCAGGUCGUCAAACCAAAGAAAUGCUUCAUCUGCUCGUACUGCGGCAAGGUCUUCGAGCGUGCCGGACAUCUCGAACGGCAUUUGAGAAUUCAUACGGGCGAGAAGCCCUACGGUUGCCACAUUUGUGGGAGGUGUUUCAACCAGAAGAGUAGCCUCAAGGGACACAUGAAGACGCACAGAAAUGGGAGAGAGCGUAGAAAUGCUGGAUGCAAAAUCAUCUGAUGUUUAAGAUGCCUGAAUAAAUCACCACUGGAGAACACUGUCAGAACCCAAGACUGGACUGUCACUUUAGAGGAGCAGCUGCCCCGGCUCCAGAUACAGUGAGAGGCCUGGCGAACAAGCCUUAAGAGUAAGGUCAAGCCAGAAGUGGAGGAUUUUCAAACUGUCAGUCAGUUGAGGAAAGGAGACGGCUCACAAGCACCAGACCAAAGCCAGCUGUGGACUACUGGGAUGGAAAAGAGCAGCGACACUUCUUCAGUUCUUGGCUGCUCCACAGGCACACCACAAAUUGCCACUGUGGUUUCAUGUGACAUCAAGUAUUGCCUCAGUCCUGCAGGUGGAACAGCGAGUGAGCAGAGAGGAUAUGCAUCACCGAGCAAAGAUCUGCCUUUUCUGGAUGGAAAGGAAAAGGUGGAAAUGAUGCACAACGAUCAGUAUGCACUCAUGGGGCUGCCAAGCCAAAGCUCGGACAUGACGGUAGCACCCAAGCUGGAGGAUCAGCCAAGUGAGGCUGCAGUGAACGAGUACAGCGUAGUGGCUACCAGCGCUCAGGACUGUAAUAUAUUUGAAUCGACAUGAACCGGCUCAGGCAACCUCGGGGACAACUGUGUAGUAGACGGCACAAAGCAGAACUGCUUUAUAUGCUCAACGUGUGGCCAAAGCUUUGAUAGUUUUGGACUCUUUGAAAGACACCAGUGCAAAAGUAUCGGUGCACAGUCCUUCAGCUGUGAGAUAUGUGGUAAGAUUUUCAAUCAGUUGAGCAUUCUGAAUUUACACCGUGAUCUCCAUGGAGAUGAAGAUAUUUAAGAAUUUGUGGUCCAUACAUCAGGUUCACUUCGAAAAAAUGUCAUGUCUGCAAGUCCAUUUUUUUUCAUAGUCAACAAUUCAGUGUGUGAUCUAAUUUAAUAUUAAAAUGGUUGCGUGUGCCAAAACGGUUGGUGAUCAUUGCAGGCUGCAUUUGUUUUUUUUUUUGUUUUUUUUUUUUCCCCCUUUACUGCUAGCUGGUGUCCUGCUAGCUUUCAGACUGCCAAGCAGAUUUUGGAAAGAACAGCCCUUGAUCGGUCCUGUCAAAAGUAAAAUUAUCAGCAGCGAGGACAGAGAGUUCAGCUCAGUUCAGAUUGAGUUGGCACAAAAGUUGCCCUGCUCGUUUGGCUCAAUCCAUCUUUCUCAUUGGUAGAAAUAGAUUCAUGUCUGUAACUUGCUUGCUGUUUGCCCGCUGUGUGGCUUUGAUAUUCAGUUUCUCUGAUCCAUCCCAAACAAACAAUUUUGUUACAGUUAGGACACCAUAAAGGCGGUAAAUGUCAACUAUUUUUUGGUCUGUGCUACAAGUAUUUCAUCAUUAUGUGUGUGGGCUGUUAUUCUUAUUCUUGCUACCUGCUGAGAAAAGUACUUCUGUCUGCAGGGCAUCUACAAACUGUAAGCAGAUUUGUAGAUGCAGUCCUUGUUUUACUGCUCACCUCUGCUUUUCCACCAGUGUGUUUUCUUUCCCUUUUUAUUUUAAACAUCAGAGCAGAUCUUUGCUUGAAGCUCCUGUUGUUGCAGCACCGCUACUCAAACACCAUGUUCUUUUACAGAGAGCCGAAACACUUUUAGCUUGAGGUGCUGAAACACAGUAAUGUAAUGUGGUAAGCCGUCGGCAUUUUCUCAAACACGCAGCAGUGCACACUAUCCGUCGCAAGUAACGGAAAAACAAGUCUGCACUGUAAAUAGAGGCUCCUGGUGGAAACAGAGCCUCGCAUGCUCAUCAUCUUCCAGAAAUUUCUGACAACACACUCGGGAAUGAUAGAUAAGUCAUUUAAGAAGCUGGCUGGCAAACAUGAUGGUGGUUUCAGUUUUUGGAAGUCGGAGGAUGACCUCUCCCAAGUAUCUCUCCUGGCGGCUGGCACAACACUUUAUAUUAGGCUUUAACUGAUGCAUUGCAAAUAACAAUCAAUGAAAAGCGCAUGGCUCUAGCACAAAGACCAACAAGUGAAGACGGGUUUCUAUUUCCUUUAAUCUGUUCUGUGUUGUACUUGGAAAAAUGUGAAGUAGAGCUGCCGGAAAAGAAGCAGAAUGGUAGAAUUGUGUUGUAAUCAUGCAUACUUUAUUUGAAUCCAUACCCAAAGACCUUAAAAUGCGGCAUGUGGCCUCCCUUUUCAUUCACAGAGAAUGCAGAAGAAUGGUGCUUUGGGUGAAACUUUGUUUUGAAAGUUGUCGUUACGAGUCAGUUUCUAAAAAUAUUCUUGGAAGUGUUUACUUCUCCUCCCGAAACGGAAGCCUCAUCGGCCUGAACAAGCCUGGCCCUCACACAGCAGCUCACCGUAUACCUCAUGUUACCUUCGCCUUCUCAGAGCUGCAUGUCGAUGUGAUGAUGAUGCUGUGAUUUUGGGUCAAGCCAAUAUAAUAAUAAUAAAUAAAUAUCACACUUUCAACUUCAUAUCGACUUUGUAUGAGCUGAGUUUGAAUAAUUGACCUCAUAUCAACCUGUCCAGUGGAAAUAAUCAACUUAAGUAUCAAUACAAAGUUGAUUUAAAGUUCAAUAUUAACAUUUGACAGUCCAAAUAAAAAGUUACCAAAAACAAAACCGAGCUCUUUACCUCCCACAAACCAAAAAAUGGUAAAGGUCAACUUCCUCAACUGCCUUUUUUCCCUCAACGACCUGAAGGGUUUUGAUAGAUUGACCUGUUGUGCGCUGUAGAAGUAAUGAAAGUGUAAUGGCGGUGUUGCGUAGAGUCGGGACGGUUUACUUUGUCACAAUGAGCUGCACUGGCAAACAAAUAUCGGAAACAUUUCAUUUUACUUGGCUGUGAAUUUCAUGCAAAAUAGGUGCAUUAUGUUUUUGAAAUUACCCCCAACUUGCAUCAGCAUUAACCUUAAAAUUUAAUGAAAGCCGAAACUUUUACUGCACCAGCAAACUCAUUCUUGAUGAAUAUUUCAAAUCCAUUAGAUCAUAAAAAUGAAGCCAAGGCUGCGAUCGAUCAUGGAAUUUCUGGAGGAUCGAGAAAUCUUAAGGGCAAGAUUACAUGAGAAACUUUUUCAUGCAGUUUGAUCGCAUGUAAUUGUUAUUGAUUUGGACUUCCAUCCAAUGGGAAUAAUGAACUGAGAUUGCAUCAUCAUUUGGAGUGUUUCAUAUGGGGUUGUUGUCAUGGAAACAGUAUAAAUUUAAUUUACUGUAUGCAGCAAAUUGCAUGGAAGUAGCUCGUCAGCCUUAGACUGCCUUUAAAUGUGCAACUUAAAUGCAACUUCACUUCUGUGCAGUUUAGUUGUGUGGCAGGUCUACAGGAAAACCAUCAAAGAAAAAAAAUAAAUUCACUUUGCAUUAUUGUUUGGAAUAUUCACAGUGAGUUUGGUGACAGUCAAAGUUUUGGUUUUCAGUUUCUUUUGAGGUAAAUGAUAGGGAUGGUACGAUACCAUUUUUCCUUGCCGAUCCGAUUCCGAUACUAAAUUCUGCCUAAAAGCCGAUACCGAUCCGAUACCAGCGUGCCUCUGCUGUACAUUACCAACCUCACCUCAUUCUCCACUAGUAGUAGCAGCAGCACCAUGACCACCACAUGCUGUGUGCAUUUGUUGUUUGCCAGCGGCAAUAAUUGUGUCCGUAGGAGAUCCCUGUUCGGCCGUGGCUUGUGAUUGGCUGAACUGGAGGAAGGGAGCGCUCCGCUGUGUGCCGAAAGUUGGGGGGACGAAGAUUUACUAUUCUGUCCCUAUCAGUACGUAACUCGAACGGCGCUGAGUCGGCUCAAUUGACGUUUGCAACACUCGGCCCGGCGACUUACUCGCUUUAGCUCGCUCGGCGGGGCCGCACAUGGCUCAAGGUCACUUGAGACGGCGCGCCUCUGUCAUGGUUUUGUCAAUAACUAUAUUUUGCACCGAAAACAAGCGCUCCCUUACAAGGGAUCUCCUACGGAAGCAAUAAUAGCUUGCCGGUGCAGCGGUGCCCUGCGUGCAUCUGCAUCACGUGGUGGUAUCGGUGGUAGUAUCGGUGCAUUAACAGGCGUACUAUAUGACCAAAUAAGGCUAUAUCGGGCACUUCCCGAUACCAGUAUCGGUAUCAGUACCAUCCCUAGUAAAUGAUGUAAUUAGGGAAUAAUUUCAAAGGAAUUUCAAAUAUGUUACUUGCUAUUUACCAUCAAAUAAAGUGUUAACCAAAUAUCUGUUAGCACACUUCUCAUAUUUAGUAUUGAGUUGAUCGGCAGCCACACCACAACAGUCUCUCUCAGGUUUCCAGCCUGGCAGCAAAGUAUUCAGCUGUUAUUCUCACGCAGUCAGUUCUCCUUUGGGCCUCCGUAAUGGUGCCAGAUGUGGCCGAUACUAUUUGUGUAUUUGUGAGUUGGACUUUUUGAGUGCGCCAGUGUUGGUCAUGAGGACAAGCACCUCCUCAAUGAGCAGGGUUUCAGUUUCUACAAUAACAGAUAAUCUGGGAAAAUGAUGCGAUUUCUAUAUGUUCUGAAUGGCUUUCCCCAAAUGCUAGUUGUGGCAAAUCAAAAUGAAGACAGUGAACCUGAUUAUUCAACAUUACUGGCUUUUAAACAGCCAUUUUCCACAGGCGCCGCAGUGCAUGUCAUUUGUUAUUCAUGAAUUACAGGUUGUAAAAAAUUUUAGGGCCUGAGUCAACGUCCCGCUGUGCAGAUUUGGUGUGAGCAGGUGUGUGGAUCUGGAGCUGAUCUCAGCACUCCCACAGUGAGCACCUGUCAGCCACUGACAGGGUGACACCUAUUUUUGUUUACCACAUGCCCUUUUGGAUGCUUUUGUCUCAAGAUCCUCAAUGAGGAUGUGCAUUUUUGGCGUGUUCGGCCCCCAGUUGGGAAUCAAACCUCUAACUCUACUCUGAGCGAUACAGCACCACUAUGAUGAUUUCCUGUAUAUUUAUUUCACUUGAUAACCACUUUUUUUUUCUUGGGCACUGAAUUCCUCCUUAAUUUCCUGGCUGUUCUUCAGUCUGGUUUGAUCCCUCAUUUGUAACGGGCACUAUGUGAGCACUUAACAGCAUAACAGGCAACACGUGUAGCACGAGUCAGGGUAUUGAAGACUUUGCAGGAAGAUGUUGUGUUAGAAACAAUAGACUGAAGUGUCGAACGAAUGCUUGUGAAGAGAAAGUUUCUGUUCUUUUCUUUGACGUUCAGUUUUUUGUAAUUUGAAAUAAACUCAGAAUAUGUUCUUGAAGCCAA